AUGGCAUCUUGGAUCCUUGUACCAAUUGUGGCUGGGCAGGGCCCUGCCAUUCCCUCACAAUGGAUGGGCACAACAUCAAACCUGAGCCGCGCAUCGCGUGAAGCAUUGGCUAGCGGAGCAGCUACGGCCCUCACAGCUUACGUCGAUCCAAACAUGGCGAACCAGCCCAAUACGGGUACCACCACAGACCUUCCACAACUCAAAUAUGUUGCCAGUGUCUUUGCCGUGCUUACCCUGCAGGAUCACUACAGCGGGAACCUCACUUGGAAUGAUACGGUCACCAACGGCCUUCUCGAUUACUAUCAGGAAAACGGUCUCUACGGAAAGCCCCCGAACACGCUUAAUAGUGAUGCCAUCUACUGGGGACUGACGUUCUUCUACGCGUACCGAACAUAUCGUCAACAUUCUCUUCUCGAUCUGGCGAUCGUCGCGUACAACGCAACCUAUGUGAAUGGUUUCAUCUCGCCAAGCGCAGCGGAAAGUGGCACGGGUGCUGGUCGCAAUGUAUCGUUUUCUCCGCCUUCAGGUUGUUCCGGAACUUAUGCAGGUGGUGUAUUUUGGACUGAGGGCGUUCAAAAUAAUACCGAGAUAACUGCGUACACCAUCGCUCCGUUCUUGGCGCUGUCGGCAUACUUGUACGAGGAGACGAACCAAUCAGUAUACCAAGAAGCGGCGCAACUUUCGGCGGACUUUGCCAUAAACCAUCUAUGGAACGGGACUGCCUUCUCUUACACGUUCUAUCCGCUUUCCUGCACAAUGGGCGGCGACUGGAUCACGAUCAGUCAAUGGCUGAUAGAAGGUCUUGCAGUAUGGGCGAAUGUCACCAGAAACGAAACUCUGACCUCGUUCUUGGAUGUGGCAGUAUCCAAUACAACGACGUACUCUGUCUGGAGCUUGGAGGACGGCGUGAAUCAAGAAGGAUUGAAAUCGACAGACUACACGAGCAUCGACAAGGGUAUCUUCGUCCGCGCACUGGUGGAAGCCCGCAAUCGCAACCCGGGAACAGCACUUGCCACAUAUAUCGAGGCAUACAUCACAGUACAGUUCAACGCACUGCUGGAUCACGCGCGGGAUCCGAAUACAGAUUUCUACUCGACUGCUUGGAUUGGUCCGCCUGCUUCAAGCUUCAUAGCUGGAGGAAACAUCGCGGCUCUGGAUGUUCUCAAUGCAGCUUUCAGCUUCGUCGAGGAUGCAUCAGCACCGUCCUCGAGUAGCCACAAGUCUAAUAAAGCUGGUGUCAUCGCUGCCAGCACUGUCAGUGCCAUCGUCGCAAGUACCGGCUUCGCUAUUGCUCUGUAUUUUUGGCGCCAGCGUCGUGUUGAGGGGUCAGCCAACCAUGCCGAACCGUACAUGGUUCAGUCAACCACUCUACCCUCUACAAAAUGGAACCGCUUCUACGCACCUCACCGCGAUGAACCUCCAGCAUCAUGGGCUAUUACGUCAGAGGCAGGGCCAGCACCGACGUCCACACUCGAUGGUGGCUACGAACGAGGCUUGAUGACCGAGCUCUCUGACCAAGUUCGUCGCCUCUACGACCUUGUACAGCAUCGCCGAUUAUCGGUGGAACUGCCACCCCAGUACAAUGAUUGA